UGAGAGAGAGCGAGAGAGAGAGAGAGAGAGAGAGAGAGAGGGAGAGAGAGAGAGAGAGCUGCACAUUGGUCGGGCUACUUUCCUGACGACACACCAACAGCCGUCAACCUGUGGAGAGGGCGCGCACGGUGCUGCUGCCUCCUCUCUGCCACCCUCUCCCCUCUGACACCGAGCCCCGUAGCCUCCAGGACGCAUGAACUGGGAGAGGGUGCCGGUUCGAUUCCCGACGGAGGAGAGGAAAGCGAAAAGUUGAGGGGCUCGCGCGCCAUCCCCGCUUCAUGAAUGGCCGGAACAUGGAGGAGGCGCCAUUCGAAAGAGUCAAGACCCGGCGGAGAAAGGGUCACUGCCCGGCCGGUGCGCGGCUGGGUGCCAUCGCCUGCGAGGACGAGUUCAACAGCCAGGAGCUCGAGGCUCUCUUCCAGAACUACAACCUGAAGCUGGAGCAGACCGCCACCCUCAAGGCGCUGGCGGUGCUCAUCGUGGCCGCGUCGUCGCUGUCCCUGGUGGAGCUGCUGUCCAGCCCGCGCCUCACCUUGUCCAAGGGCUCCUACCCGGUGCACUGCGUGGUGUUCCUGUCGCUGUUCAUCGUCACCAACGUCAAGUACCUGCAGGUGACGCAGCUGCAGCAGAUCGCGAAGCUGGCGCUGCUCUUCAGCUUCACCUUUGCGCUGCUCUGCUGCCCGUUCCCGCUGGCGCUCGGCACGUCGGAGCUGGUGAGCGCCGCUGCCCCUGAGCAAGGCGUGUGGCAGCUCAUGCUGGUCACCCUCGUGGCUUACGUGCUGCUGCCGGUGCGGACGCUGCUGGCCGUGCUGUUCGGGGUGAUGCUGGCUGCAUCCCACUUCAUUGUCAUAGCGACGUCGGUCACGGGGCGGAAACAGUGGCUGUGGAGACCGCUGGUGGCCAACGCGGUGCUGUUUACCAGCGUCAACUUGUCGGGGGUGUUUGUGAGGAUUCUCACCGAGCGCACCCAGAGGAAAGUCUUCCUGCAAGCCCGCAACUGCAUCGAGGAGAGGCUGCGACUGGAGGAUGAGAACGAGAAACAGGAACGUCUGCUAAUGAGCCUACUGCCCAGGAAUGUUGCCAUGGAGAUGAAGGAGGACUUCCUGAAGCCGCCUGAGCGGAUCUUUCACAAGAUCUACAUCCAGCGUCAUGACAAUGUCAGCAUCCUGUUUGCAGAUAUCGUGGGUUUCACCAGCUUGGCUUCUCAGUGCACUGCUCAGGAACUCGUCAAACUGCUCAACGAACUCUUCGGGAAGUUUGAUGAGCUGGCCACAGAAAAUCACUGCAGGAGGAUAAAGAUCUUGGGGGACUGUUACUACUGUGUGUCGGGACUGACCCAACCCAAGGCAGACCAUGCCCACUGCUGUGUGGAAAUGGGCCUCGACAUGAUUGACACGAUUGCGUCGGUGGUGGAGGCGACAGAGGUGGAUCUGAACAUGCGUGUUGGUCUGCACACAGGACGGGUGCUGUGUGGCGUGCUGGGCCUCAGGAAAUGGCAGUAUGACGUCUGGUCAAACGAUGUCACACUGGCGAAUGUGAUGGAGGCCGGAGGGCUGCCAGGCAAGGUGCACAUCACAAGGACCACCCUGGAGUGUCUGAAUGGAGACUACGAGGUGGAACCGGGCUUCGGCCACGAGAGACACGCCUUCCUCCAGAAACAUCACAUAGAGACAUAUUUCAUCGUGCCAUCACACAGACGCAAGAUCUUUCCAGGUCUUAUUCUAUCAGACAUCAAACCAGCCAAGAGGAUGAAGUUUAAGACAGUGUGCUACCUGCUAGUGCAGCUGAUGCACUGUAGGAAGAUGUUCAAGGCCGAGAUCCCCUUCUCCAACGUCAUGACCUGUGAGGAUGACGACAAGCGGAGAGCCCUGCGGACUGCGUCGGAGAAGCUGAGGAGUCGGACGUCCUUCUCAGCCACCACCGUGCAGCAUUCGCCAGGAACGCGAGUCAACCGCUACAUCGGGCGGCUCAUCGAAGCGCGGCAGACCGAGUCAGAGACAACAGACCUCAACUUCAUCACCCUGUUCUACAGGAGCAGAGAGAGAGAGCGCAGAUAUCACCAGGUGUAUGAUGACCAUUUCAUCAGUGCGGUGGUUCUCUCUCUGAUCCUCGCUGCUCUGUUUGGCCUUAUCUAUUUGCUCAUGAUCCCACAGGGGAUGCUGGUGCUGCUGCUGCUGGUGCUGUGUGUGUGUUUCCACGUGGCCUGUGUCAUGUACCUGCAUCUCACCAGUGUUCAGUGCCAACCAGGCUGCCUCACCAUCCAGAUCCGAACGGUGCUCUGCAUAUUCCUCGUUCUGCUCACCUACUCUGUGACCCAGGCCUGUGUGGUAAGUGUGUCGGUGGGAUGUGUUCCUUGGGGGCGAGUUGGGACAAACUCCAAUGACUCAGUGGAGGACGUCCCUGCCGAUGACAACAGCACAGGAGUGGACAGAGCUUGUCCCAACAUGGCGUACGCCCUGCUGUCCUGUGUGGCCGGCACCCUCACUCUCGUCCCCUACCUCCGCGUAUCCUCGCUCCCCAAGAUCCUCUUGCUCCUCCUCCUCUCUGUCACUUACACCGUUGUCAUGGAGACCAGCGGCUAUCGGCAAGCUGUCGGAGGAGGGUUUCUCCACACUCAGGGGUAUGAUCCUGUGUUGGCAGUCUUAUUGUUUUCUGGAGCUCUGGCUCUUCACUCUCGACAGCUGGACCUGAAGCUGAGGCUCGACUACCUGUGGGCAACUCAGGCGGAGGAGGAGAGAGACGACAUGGAGAAGGUGAAGCUGGACAACAAGAGGAUCCUGUUCAACCUGCUGCCGGCUCAUGUGGCUCAGCACUUCCUCAUGUCAAAUCCCAGGAACAUGGACCUGUACUACCAGUCCUAUGCUCAGGUCGGUGUGUUGUUCGCCUCCAUCGCCAACUUCAAUGACUUUUACAUCGAGCUGGAUGGAAACAACAUGGGUGUCGAGUGUCUCCGGCUGCUCAAUGAGAUCAUUGCUGACUUUGAUGAGCUGAUGGACAAAGAGUGCUACAGGGAUAUUGAGAAAAUCAAGACCAUUGGCAGCACAUACAUGGCUGCAGUAGGGCUGGUUCCUACAACUGCCUCCAAGGUGAAGAAGUCCAUCACCUCACAUUUAUGCACAGUGUCAGAUUUUGCCAUCGAGAUGUUUGAUGUCCUGGAUGCCAUCAACUACCAGUCUUACAACGACUUUGUCCUGAGAGUGGGUAUCAAUGUUGGACCGGUGGUUGCAGGAGUGAUUGGAGCUAGAAGACCUCAGUACGACAUCUGGGGAAACACGGUGAACGUGGCGAGCAGGAUGGACAGCACCGGAGUACAAGGAAAGAUACAGGUGACCGAGGACGUCCAUCGCCUCAUCGCAGACUACUAUAACUUUGUCUGCCGUGGCCAGGUCAGUGUGAAGGGCAAAGGUCAGAUGCUCACAUACUUCCUGGAGGGGCGCAGACAGGGCAGCGUGGUGUCUCAGGGCCAGAAGCAGCCCGGCAAUGCCGAGCGGCGUUCGAGCGCGUUCACCCACGGCAGCGUGUGCACCAGGCUGAGCCCCGCCCCCACGGUGACCACCUACGCCACCAUCAGGACCCCGAGCGUGAGCAUGACCAAGCCGACCACCUCCACCAGCACCACCAGGUACCUGCCGUCUGUCCCCACGGUAAUGGUGUGACAGAUGCUGUCUCCAUGGUGACUGUGAAAAGCUAUAAAACGAGAGUGGAUGUAGGGAGAGAACAACAACAUGGCAGCAGCAGAGAGAGUUUGUGAAAAGAGGAAACAGUAGAGGCGUUCUCCACUCUUCUACUGUCAGCGGGAGACUGAUCAUCUAGGGAGAGGCCUGCAUGGACUCAGGCCUGGAGUCAGAGGCGGCCUCGGACCCGCGGACUCUCCCUCCACACUCGAGGUCUGUUUGUUGUCUCACACGGCGGGGUGUCGUGAACAGGAUACAGGAUGCUUUAGCCACGUUGCUUCGUGUCGACACCCAAAACUGUGUCCACAACGACAAUAAACUCAAUGAAAAAAUAAAAACACAUCGCAGUGCACGAUAGUGUAGCACGCAAGCUUCUCUUAACCACCGCAUCCGGAAAUUCCUUUCACAACUUAGCUGACCCGUUUUCUCUCAGUGUGAAACCAAGCCAGUGCUGCUGCCUUUGCGACCACUCCUCACAAUGAGUUUCUUGCCAUUUCUUUUGUUGCCUUUUUUUUUAGAUCCUUUAUUGGAUGGAUGAAUUAAUCGCAGGAGAGAUUUUUAAAGCCAAAUGUACAAUUGUAAAAGGCAGUUACUGGUAUCAGCUUGCCAAAACGCAACAGGGCAUUGCCUUCAAUCAUUUCCAGGUCGGUGACCGUUUCUGCCCCCUUCACUUUUACCUUUUGAACGGCACAUGAGCUAGACUCUUGAUUCCCUGAGCCGAGCUGCUCUUUAAGUGCAUGAUGCCACUGCUGCAUUCCAGUCAUGUUUGCUGUCUGUUUCCCUGUGAUGCUUGACUUCCAGAUUCUUCCUCGUCAAAGUGUAGCAAUAAAGCGGUUUGUCUCCUAUCUCAGCCUAUCCACCCUUUGCAUGCUGUAGCCAGCUGGAUCCUAUUUUGACCUGAUAGUGUAUGUAGCCAAUAGAGUGUGCGUAGCUAGCCACACCAGUCUGUAUCUCUGUGGAGUUGAAGCAUGACUUAGAAAACUUAUUUUCUGUAUUGUGCGAGUGUGACUUCCUUCCUCAUGGAGUUAUAUUUAAAAAACGAUUUUUCUGCGUGCUUGUUUAUUAUUAAGAAAUAUUUUCUAUGAUUAAAAAUAUUCUGUUUUACUAUUUUUAUGAACUUAAAGCUGCUUUGGUAAGGGAUAAGAAAAACUGCUAUUCACGAGGAGACACCCAAACCUCUGAGUCUGGCUUCCUCGUACAAAUCCAGAUGAUUUAUUUUAUGGUAUAGCAUGCUACUCACAGUACGGCUUACCACAGCCAUUAACUCUCCUCUAAUCUGUUCUAGCAUGCACUGCCUGCAAGCCUGUGGCUCUUACAUGCAUGCUUUGAUGAAACAUUAAUACAGGCUGAGCAGCAGACACACAGUGACUCUGUUUUAAUGUAGUCCUCAUGCAUGCGCUCAACGGUAGCGGUCCUCUUGAAUGUAAGGUGCUUUUUUGACUCGUGUCUUCUUCUUCUUCAUGAGUUUUGGUGUGCAAAACCUUUUUCGAGGACAUUUUUUCAGGACGGUUCGACAUCAGGCCGGGGGUUCCUCCUCCUCCCCGCUCCUGCUGUAGUCAACAGGUAGCCGGUUUUCAAAUGUGCCAACCUAUUUUCAUAAACAUAUCAGACUUUUCUUGUUGAGCUGUAGCACAACUUGAAUGUGUGGCUACGGUUAUUUGUGGAUUUUCCUUUUUGUUGGAUGCCUGUAUUUUUACUGUUUGAGCUGUUUCCUUAACAGUUUUAUAACUCAAAAUGAUGGCAAGUGUUGAUUUUGGAGAGAUUUAUUUGGACACCAUAACCUGACUGAAAUGACGUUGUUGUACUUCUUAUCAUAUUUAAAAUAGAUUUUAAGGUCUAUAUAGUAGCUCAAAUGCUUACUUUGAGUUUCUAAGAGAUUAAAAAUGAGGAUUUUUAUACAGUUGCUUUAAACAGUCGACAGAGAGUUGAUGGAAAGGGGUUAUGUAAAAUGUUUUUCCUGUAAAUUAGAUAUUUUCAUACUGUAUGAUACGGGUUUCAAUUGUUAUAUGUAGGUAUUACUAGCUAUUAUUGUACAUUGUAGAGUCUUUUUCAGAGAUAUAUUAUGAAUGAUCCAAUAUUUGUCAAGUUCUUUUGUUGAAGAUGUAUUUAUUGAGAUGUUUCAUGUGAAUGUAAAUUUUGUUAAAGAUGAUAUUUUAUACUAAGUGUUUGCACUGCGAUGAUAUUGACGUAUUAAGGUUCUAAAAAUAAAGCCAGCAGGGGACGACUCUCCUGGAG